GGGCUCCGCAUCAAUAAGCAAGAGCCGAGCCUACAAGAAAAAAAAACACCGUUUUGGAGGCUCAAGGGCAACGAAAAGAUGGCUGGCCACUUCUGCUUUCCUUCUGCUGCUAUGGUUCUUCUUAUCUUCGUUUGUUUUGUGGGAAGAGCUAUUGGAGGAGUCUACUUCUCAACACUUCCAAGGACUCUCGCUGUGACUGCAUCCCCUAAGCAAGGGCAAGUGUUGAUGGCUGGAGUUGACAAGCUAAAAGUUUCAUGGGGACUGAACCAGACGGAAAAAGAAGGAACCGAUGAGGCAUAUAAAAAGGUCAAAGUGAAGCUCUGUUAUGCACCGGUGAGCCAGCAGAACCGAGGAUGGCGAAAGACCGAGGACGAUCUGAAGAAGGACAAGACAUGCCAAAAUACCAUCACAACACAACCCUACACCAAGAAUCCUAACCCUAGUUCCUUUGAAUACAUCCUUGAACGUGACCUUCCAUCGGCUAGUUACUUUGUAAGGGCCUAUGUGCUUGAUGGCAAUGACAAGGAGGUGGGCUAUGGACAAACCACUGAUGCCCAAAAGGCAACAAACUUGUUUCAGGUUAUUUCGAUCACAGGGCGCCAUGCAUCACUUGACAUUGCUGCUGCAUGCUUCUCUGCAUUCUCAGUCGUUUCAUUGAUCUUUUUCUUUGUGAAAGAGAAAAGAAAGGCUAAGAAGUAGAUACAUACAUGACUUUACCCUUUAGUGUACGUGAACGGUUCAUGAGACACAAUAAGGGGAAGAUAUAUAAACUGUCCCUUCUGUGACUGUCUCUUUCUUAAUUUGUUCUUUAGCUUAUAUUUGAUGUUAGAUUAAUUCGGUUUUAAUUAUAUAUAUGAUGUAAUGAAGUAUGCGAUCUUAUUAAUUAGUUUUUGUUGAACUAUCA